AUGGCUAAUCCCGACGACUUCACUAUCGGCUGGAUUUGCGCCUUGCAGGAAGAGCAUAUGGCCGCAUGCCGUAUGCUUGACGUCGAGUUCGACCGCCCCGACGUAGCUAACAAAAACGAUAGCAAUGCAUACGUCUUUGGUUGCAUUAACAAACAUAAUGUGGUGAUCGGAUGUCUCCCAGAUGGCCAAUACGGUACUAGUUCUGCUGCUAUCGUUGCUAAUGACAUGAUUCGGUCUUUUCCUUCUUUAAGAUUCGCCCUAAUGGUGGGCAUUGGCGGAGGUGCUCCAACACGAGAGAGAGACGUACGGCUUGGCGAUGUGGUUGUCAGUAAACCACAAGGAACUCUUGGAGGGGUUGUCCAAUACAACCGUGGGAAGAGGCUACCGGGUGGUCAAUUUAAGCGGACCGGCCAAUUGAACUCCCCCCCGAGGGUGCUAUUAGCGGCGAUCCAGGAGAUGCAGCGUCGACACAAUGACCUCAAAAAGCCAGAUAAACUAGCAGAAAAUAUCAUGCUGAUGGAUGAUAUGGAUGAAUAUCAGUGCCCUGAUAAAGAUCGACUGUACCGCGCAAAUUACGAGCACCAGGGCGGAAACACAUGCGAGGAGUGUCUGGCGGAUGGGCUCGAGCAGAGACCGCCCAGGGUAGCUAAACGAGCUGUCAAUGUCCAUUACGGUACCAUCGCAUCCGCUGAUUUAAUCAUGACAGAUACCGAACAAAGAGACGAACUAGCUCAGAACCCGGAACUUCAAGUCUUAUGCUUUGAAACAGAAGCUGCUGGCCUGAUGAACAACGUCCCUUGUUUGGUGAUCCGAGGAAUUUGCGAUUAUUCUGAUUCGCACAAGAACGACGAGUGGCACAAAUAUGCAGCACUCACAGCCGCCGCAUACGCGCGGCAGCUCCUUCAUGUUAUAGUACCUGAAAGGGUUAUACGUAUGGAAAAUUGGGAGGGACUACUUGAGAGUGUAACAGAGGUACAAAAAGGAGUUUGGGAUAUCUCUAAGAAGUCUAAUACAAUAAUCAAUCAUCAACAGACCCAAGAACACAAAGAUAUCUUGAACUGGUUGACCCCAGUCAAUUACGGUCCCCGGCAAAGUGACAAUCUCGAACGUCGACAGCCAGGAACCGGUGAAUGGUUCCUUGAAACAGAACAGUUCCAAACUUGGCGCGACACACGUAGCAAUACUCUGUUCUGUCCGGGCAUGCCGGGCGCUGGAAAGUCAAUUCUUACUUCGAUUAUAGUCGAGAAUUUAGAAAGCGCUUUUCUGGGUCAAAGUGAUGUCGGAAUUGCAUACGUCUACUGCGAUGUUGGACGACAACAUGAGCAAACAGCCGAGAAACUCCUAGCCAGCCUUCUUAAACAGCUAUCUCAAAGUCUGCCCAAAUUCCCGGAGGACUUGAAAUUGCUUUACGACGAACGUGGAAAGGAAACGCCACCAUCGCUAGCACAAAUCUCAGACGUCAUCCAAUCUAUAGCUAAAUCGUAUUCAAAAGCGUUCGUUCUUAUUGACGCUCUAGAUGAGUGUCAGACAUCUGAGGGAAAUCGGGGGAAAUUUCUUGAGGAGAUCUUCGGUCUUCAAGCCAAGUGCAAAAUCAACAUUUUUGCAACAUCAAGGGAUGAACCGGAUACAGAGGGAUUAUUCAAAGGCAGCCUGCGGCUGGAAAUUCGUGCCGAGGAUGGAGAUGUACGAAACUAUCUCAAGCAUCGCGUAGAGAAUAGUACGUCGGAAUUACCACCUCCCAUCCGUUAUAACCCGCGCCUUCAAGAAGACGUCAUAAAUACAAUAUGUAACUCGGUAAAGGGAAUGUUUCUCCUUGCGCGGCUUCAUCUUAACUCUCUUGUGGAUAAGAUCUCAGAAAAAGAAGUCCGCAGUGCUCUUGAAAAGCUACCAAAUGGGUCGGAUGCAUACGACAUUAUGUAUAAGGAGGCAAUGAUCCGAAUUGAAAAACAAGCAGACGGCCACCGAAACUUUGCUAAACAAGUUUUAUCUUGGCUUGUCUACGCAAAGAGACUGCUUACUCCGGUUGAGCUUCAACAUGCCCUCGCUAUAGAAUGUGGAACAACAAAACUUGAAAAGGAGGCGUUACCACAUAUUAGUACCAUAGUUUCAGUGUGUGCUGGGCUCGUUGCCAUCGACGAACAAAGCGGUAUCAUUCGAUUGGUGCAUUAUACGACGCAGCAAUAUUUUGACAAAACUGGGGGCCGUUGGUUUCCCCAGGCGAAAGUCAAGAUUGCGGAUGCUUGUAUUACCUAUUUAUCGUUCGAUGUCUUUGGGAGCGGCUCUUGUCGAACGGAGGAAGAGUUUGAGGAGCGGAUAAUUUCAAAUCCGUUUUAUAAAUACUCUUCCCUUCACUGGGCUGAUCAUGCUCAGGAAGCUUCACGCAUAGGUGGUCAAGCUGCUAUCGAGUUCCUCGAAUCCAACGCAAAAGUUGAGUCGGCUAGUCAGGUAAUGAUGACUCAAGAUCGGCCCUUAUUCAUGGAGGACACUGACAAAAUAUUCCCAUUACAAAUUACUGGGUUGCAUUUGGCAGCAUGGCUUGGGCUUCACAGUGGCGUCCAAAAAAUGGUCCAGAAAAUUCCCAUCAACCAGAUCGACAGCCACGGUAAAACCGCGUUGUUCUACGCCAUCGAGCGCGGAAAUGAGAGCAUCGUCAAAUUGCUCCUCGAUCAUCCGGAUAUAGAUGUUAAUGCUGAAUACGAAAACUCCGGGUCUCCUCUUAUGUCCGCUAUUAUUAACGGAAAUAAAAGCAUUAUUAAAUCAUUCCUUAAUCAUAAGGAUAUAAAUGUUGAUGUUCAGUGUAUUACUAACCCAUUACUUAUGAUUAAGGAUAUAAAUGGUGAUGCUCGGUCUCCUGAGACACUAACACCAUAUGAAUUAGCUAUAGCUAAAUACUGGUGUAAUGAAAGCAUGAUCAAGUUGUUUGAUGAAUGUCGCGAAAGGCGACACCGUCAGUUGCAAGCACGCAACCAGGGCUGA